AUGAGGCAGGCGCUGUGCGGCCGCUCGGGCAACCAGCCGGCCCCGGCCGGCCACCCCCGCACUGCCGACCCCACCAUGGCAUCGUCCGGGCAGCCCUGGUCCCGCACCCGCGCCGCGCUGGGGCGGCUGGAGAGGGCGCUGAGCUGCUCCCGUUGCGCCGGCGUCCUGCGGCAGCCCGUGUCCCUGGGGCAGUGCGAGCACGUCUUCUGCCUGUCCUGCGUGGGUGACUGUGUGGGCACGGAGUGCCCCGUGUGCCACGUGCCAGCCUGGCUGCGGGAUGCCCAGAUCAACCGGCAGCUGGACUCCAUGAUCCAGCUGUGCAGCAAACUGCGGGAGCUCCUGGGCACGGACACCCCCGAUUCAGCAGAAGAUGCAUCCACACCAACUGACUCAGACUUGGGAAAAAGCAGCAAGAAGGAACAGAUAAAAAUGUGGUUCAGCCCAAGAAGUAGGAAGAUUCGAUGUGUCCUGAACAAGAGUCAUCAUGAGACCAAAAGCAGUGACCCCGGUGGGGACACAUCUUCAGUUUAUGAUUUCUUUCCUUCCCCUCCACACGAGAAGCCCCCUGAGCCGACAAAAAAACCAACCCAGAGGCAGAUUAAGAGGAUGAAGAAGAAACGUCUGGCAGACAUUAACAAAGUGUGGAGCUUAGAGAAGCCUGGGCAGAAGGGAGUUGAGGAGAAGACUCCCAAGGAAAAGUGUGUGACCAUCUGCAGUCAGCCGGUGAUCCUCUGCACUCCAGAACUGGAGAGUCCUGAAGAGACACCUCGGCAGGAGGCUGUGAAGGAAAAUGACUCCAGCAAAGAUACAGGAAAUGUGGAAGUGCCACCACAGGUCGAAUCCCCAGAGAACAAAGAUAACAGUGAGGUUGUGUGCCCUGCACAAGAGAGCAAAGAAAACAGCUGUGCUCCAGAGAUGUCCCUGUCAGCAGAAAAUGAAACUACGCUGUUAAAACGUGGGAGGGAACAACCUGGGCUUCAGGGCACUCCUCAGCCUAAAAGACUGAGGAGAUCUGAGAGGGGCAGUGCUGGGAAGGCAGGCAGGCAGGCAGAUUGCUUGGAGGAGCUACUUCAGGGCUCCCCCAUCUCCCCAGCGACUGAACACCAGGCACCAGUUCAGGUUUCUUCCUCUGCAUCAAAACUUACUGGCGCUGCAAGGAAGACAAGAAGCUCUGCAGUCCUUCAAGCAACAGAUAGUCCUUCGCUUUCAGAAUCUCCCUCUAUCCCAUCUACUCCUAAGACUUGCAGUCAAGUAUCAGUACCAUUCAGUCCUCUGUUGAAAUCCCCUGGUGGCAACACAAUUUCCAGAAGAAAUUACAAAGGAGAGACUUUGCUCCACGUUGCUUCCAUCAAGGGUGACGUAGCAGCCGUGGAGCAGCUGCUGACAAACGGGGCAGACCCCAAUGUCAAGGAUAAUGCUGGCUGGACACCACUGGGUGACGUAGCAGCCGUGGAGCAGCUGCUGACAAACGGGGCAGACCCCAAUGUCAAGGAUAAUGCUGGCUGGACACCACUGCCUGUCAGUAUUUCAGCCGCCAAAUUUGUAGUCCUAAAUGAGCAGUGGUUGGAUUUGUCUGGUAAUAUAUUUGGUCUGCGGCCUGUGGACUAUGCAGAAAGUGAAAAGAUGAAGUCUGUGCUAAUGUUACCAGUGAAGAAUGAAUCACUUUCGCUUAAUCAACCCUCUGAGGCACUGAGCCCCAGCCAGCCUAGAAAUGGCCCUCUUGGUUUACUGGGAAGCAGUCUCAGUGCAGAGCAGCAGAAGUUGCUGAACAAAUUAGCAGCAGUUCUGAAGGCUCGAAGAUGUACUGAAUUUAACAGUGGAGUAACUCAUCUUGUUAUCCCUGAUGUUCCAAUGCCAAGUACUGUCAAAUGCAUGAUGGCUGUUCUGAGUGGAUGUUGGGUCCUCAAGUUUGAAUGGGUCCAAGCCUGCCUGCGAACCUCAGCUCGAGAGCAAGAAGAGAAGUACGAAAUCCAAGGUGGCCCCCAAAGAGGGCGGCUCAACAGAGAGCAGCUGCUCCCUAAGUUGUUUGACGGAUGCUACUUCUAUUUCCUGGGCUCUUUCAAACGCCACCCGAAGGGCGAUCUGGCGGAGCUGGUGAGAGCGGCGGGCGGGCAGGUCCUGGUGCGGCAGCCCAAGCCGGACAGCGACGUGACGCAGGCGGUGAACACGGUGUCGUUCCACGCCGAGCCCCGCUCCGACCAGCGCUUCUGCACCCAGUAUGUCAUCUACGACGCGGCCUCCAAGUUCAAACCGGAGAAGGUGCGGCAGGGCAAGGUGUGGAUGGCCCCCUCCAGCUGGCUGAUUGACUGCGUGAUGGCCUUCCAGCUCCUGCCCGUCACAUGAGCGUCCCUGAGA